ACGAACUCCGCCAUUUUGUCGCGCUUUAAGAAAACUCAGCUAAGCAUCAAAGUUGAGGAUCAGAGCUUGUUGUUCCUCGGUGUGCAAUGGACGGCCGCCUAGAGACUGAAUUGUUUCCUUUGGGAUCAAGUUACGCAGAAUUAGACGUUGUUCACGAUAUUGCAGUUGGUACAAAGAGAGGAUCUGACGAGCUGUUCUCCUGUGUUUCCAGCGGCCCUUAUAUCAUGAGCUCAGCAGCCAUUGGCAACGACAGCAAGAAGUUCAAAGGGGACAUUAGAAGUCCCAGCAUUCCGUCCCGAGUUAUACAUGUCCGUAAGCUCCCCAAUGACAUCAACGAAGCUGAGGUCAUCUCCCUGGGCCUUCCGUUUGGCAAAGUCACCAAUCUGCUCAUGCUGAAGGGAAAGAACCAGGCUUUCUUGGAAAUGAACACAGAAGAGGCAGCACAGACAAUGGUUACUUACUACUCCUCCGUAACGCCAGUCAUCAGAAAUCAUCCCAUCUACAUGCAGUACUCUAACCACAAAGAGCUGAAAACAGACAACUCCCCAAACCAAGUGAGGGCACAGGCAGCACUGCAGGCAGUGAAUGCUGUCCAGUCAGGUGGGAUGUCCAUAGCUGGUGUUGACCCAUCCGGUAUGAGCGGUCCCAGCCCUGUCCUGAGAGUCAUUGUUGAAAACCUCUUCUACCCAGUGACCCUCGAUGUUCUUCACCAGAUCUUCUCCAAGUUUGGCACAGUGUUGAAGUUGAUCACCUUCACCAAAAACAAUCAGUUUCAAACUCUCCUGCAGUUUGCGGAUGGUCUCACUGCACAGCAUGCCAAGCUGGCCCUGGAUGGACAAAACAUCUACAAUGGCUGCUGCACUCUGCGUAUCAGUUUCUCCAAACUAACCAGCUUAAAUGUAAAGUACAAUAACGACAAGAGUCGCGACUACACACGGCCAGACCUGCCCACGGGGGACAGCCAGCCCUCUGUUGAGCAUCACCCCAUGGCUGCCUUUGCUACUCCCGGGAUCAUCUCUGCUGCACCAUAUCCGGGAGCUCACGCCUUUCCACCGGCUUUUGCUAUCCAGCAGGCUGCAGGGUACACCCUGUCUGGGGUUCCAGGAGCCCUGGCCUCAUUAGCCAUCCCUGGAGCAGCAGCGGCUGCUGCAGCUGCCAGCAGAAUGGGCUUCCCUGCCUUCCCUGGCAGCCAUUGCGUCAUGCUGGUCAGCAACCUGAACCCUGAGAGAGUUACGCCCCACUGCCUCUUUAUUCUCUUCGGUGUAUAUGGGGACGUAAUGAGAGUGAAAAUCAUGUUCAACAAGAAGGAGAACGCUCUCAUACAGAUGUCUGAUGGGACGCAGGCCCAGCUUGCGAUGAGCCAUCUGAAUGGGCAGAAGUUAUAUGGCAGGCCCCUGCGUGUUACCCUGUCCAAACACACAGCUGUCCAGAUGCCACGGGAAGGGCAUGAGGACCAGGGUCUCACCAAAGACUACAGCAACUCUCCUCUCCAUCGCUUCAAGAAGCCAGGCUCCAAAAACUAUUCUAACAUCUUUCCUCCCUCCUCCACACUUCAUUUGUCUAACAUACCACCUUCCAUUGUUGAGGAUGAGCUCAAGAUUCUCUUUGCUAGCAAUGGUGCUCUGGUCAAGAACUUCAAGUUCUUUCAGAAGGAUCGCAAGAUGGCCCUGAUUCAGAUGGGUUCAGUGGAGGAAGCAAUCGAGUCUCUUAUUCAGUUCCACAACCAUGACCUCGGAGAGAACCACCAUCUCAGGGUUUCCUUUUCCAAAUCCACCAUUUGAGAAAACUGGGGCUGGAGUGGCCAGUCACUUAUACACCUUAAUGUGUCUUAUCCACAAAGCUCACUUCCAUCAUUGCAAACUUUUUAUUUAAAAGGUAUUUUAGUCUUUAGUUUUUGUUUUAAUAUUUACAUGUUUUAAUAUUUUACUUGAGGUUUUAGAACAGUUGUAUUAUUAGUCUAGUUCACAAGUUCAUUUGUUUUCAUAACUGUAGGUGUCAAUCCAUCUUUUUUUGUUUUCAGUUUUCUGAAAGCCUUAAACUGAUUUUAUGUAGAUGCAGAGGGAAAACACUAUAGGCCUUUGAUUCCAUAAUGUACCAUUUGUGCCUUACUGCUCCAAAUUUCCAGAACCUCAAUCAAACAUCUGCCACUAAUGUUGGCAAAUCUGUAGUUUACAAUCAAUUUCGUGCCCUCAGGCAAACAUUCUUGCUCCCAGGAGACUUGGAUAAUUGCAUCAGGCUUAUGGUACAGGCCUUAAACUCUGCACAUCUGCAUAAUGUAUCUCCCAGUUGGGUGUACCUUUCAUAUUCUCCAGCUUUAGCAUUUUUACUGUAUCUUUAGACAGAGAAUGUUUACAAGCAUUACUUCAAAUGUAUGCAAUCGUAUGUGUAUAAACCCAGUAGUGAAGUAAUGCCUGGAUUUGCAUUGUUUUUAGACUUUGGGACAUUGCAUGUUGGUUUUUGUCAGUGGAUCAUUAACCACUGUCUGUUUACUGUUUGUCCUGUUCUUUGUGUAGAUGUUUAGUGUUGGGCUUCUUGUUAUUAUUUGUGAUAUAGCAGAUUAUUUAAGCUAUUCUACUUAAAGCCCCAUGUAUUUUUUGUUUUCAUGUUCCUGUGUGUACACUACAGCUUGAAACCAAAGCCUUUCCUCUGUUAAACUUCAAAAGGGUAAUCCUGUCACCUUUUAGUCUCAAAUGACAAAAGGCAUGUACAUUUUUUUUUUUCGUGGUGGUAAAGAGUGGCAUUGACACUCGGAGGGGCAAUGUCGGUCCCUUGGCAGAGAACUCUCUGUGUGAUUGUGCACAUCACAUUAGGAUAAAUGCUCAUAAGUCUUAAAUCAAACGUAAUUGCCUUCUGUGACCUUUUGUAAAUAAUACGUUUUGGCCUUUAUUGUCCCAAUAGAGAAUUUGUUUUUGAAAUCUAAAAAAGUGCCUUUUUAAAUAAACAAUGUCCUGGCAGACACUUUGCAGUCCAUCUUAGAGACAUUCUGCUGCAGCUUUUAAAAUGUGUUUUAUGAAAGGCCUGUUAGGGGCACGCAGGAACUUACAGUCCAAAUAUGGCACUGAUUUGGACCAGAGUAUAUACAAAAAACAUGCCUAUGAUAAAUGUGUUUAUAUCAUAUUCCUGGCAAUGUGUCCAUAAUUGAUAGGAUCAAGUUAUUUUUCCUUAAUUUUUAAUGUCUCACAAGGUUGUGUUUGUCCCCUCCCCCUCUGUUCACAUAAUUUUCUUAUAUGUAGGGGACCAAUUUUAAAAACCAGGUUGAGAAACCUAAAAAACAUAGGAGGUGCUAUAAAAUCCAAAUAUGUUUGUCACUUUAAAAAUGGAAAAGUGACUAAAGAAAAAAAAGCUGACCAUCUUUUGAAAUAAUUUCAUUCUUUACAGUGGCUGGAUAAAGCCUCAUGCAUUCCUGCACAACAUUUAAAAAAACCCUCAAUUUACAACAUCCGCCUUAGAUUAUGAAGUGUUUUUCUUAUAGUGAACAUGAGGUGUAAAUACUAUUUUUGUAUCACAAUGUUAAAAGUUAUUGGUUUUUAUAUCCGUGGGAACAUGUAUAUUUUGAUUACGGCUACAGACCAUCAGCAUGCAUGAAAAUAGUUCAAGAAGAAAGUGGUUAAAAUAUGGAUUACACUGCUUUGAGCUUCUUUAUUUCGUACUUCAUGACAUUCCUAGUUGUACUUUGUACUAUGUAUUUUGCCUUCAAUAAAUAUUUGUUUA